AAUGUCAACUUCCUGUACUUGGGUGAGUUUCACUUUUCUUUCUCCCCCAGCUGACAAGUCACGGCGGGACUCCGCGCGCCACAGCAGCUUCUGGUCUUCGUCUCCUGGCUGUGGACUAUCUGGACCCCGAACUGGACCCACGAACUACCUGUCCCACCUUUUUUUAAGCCCCCCUCCCCUUUUGAGGAAGCCAGGGUCUCAUGCGGACGGUGCGGUGACGUCACAGACCACGCAAGGUGGGACGAUGGCCUCUGACGUUGCGGCGAGAGUCGCGCUGAAAGAAGGAUCUUGCGAUAAGGCAGAAGCGGAGGAACUGGCCCUCUCCCUGAGUGAUGCCCUCAACAGUGGGAACGAACAGGAAGCGGUCCAACUCUGCCAGCGGCUGUCCAAGCUCUCUGUCCCAGUGUGCGUCAGCAUCGACAGCCAGGCAUACCCUCAGGACUCCAUAAGGUUACGGGUCGGAGUGGAGGAUGCUCAGUCGGACACCGACAUCCCUCUGAAUGUUUUGGUGUCUCCCGACAUGACAAUCGCACAACUUAAAGAAAAGAUAAACCUAGAUUUCGGGUUCCACCCCUCGCUGCAGCGCUGGGUGAUCGGGAAGCGGUUGGCUCAGGACCGCGAGACGUUGCACAGCCACGGCGUGCGUCACAACGGAGACCAGGCCUUCCUGUUCAUCCUCUCGGCCAAAGCUGCCCACCUCCAUCUGCACCAACACAAGCAGGAGCAGGACCAACAGCGUUUAGACAGUAUCAUGGAGUCCAUGCAACUUCUACCCAGAGGGCCUGCAAAAGGUGGUGAGAAGACCGCUGAUCCUCUUCAAUACAUUCCUCCUUCUCGUCCCAAACACGUUCCUCCUGCUCCUCCUGCUCCUCCUUGUCCUCGUCCUAAACCCGCGGUGCCGGCUAAACCUCAGAUGCGCUGGUCCUGCCCCAUUUGCACGUUCCUCAACAAACCCACGCGCCCCGGCUGCGAGAUGUGUGGGGAAGAUCGGCCGGACGACUACCAGGUGCCUGACAGUUACCAGCCGGACCAGCAGGAGGUUCUUCGAAUCCAGCUGGAAAGCCUGGCCGUGGUUCAGUACGAAGAGGCCCAGCGGGAGGAACGAGAGAGGAACUUCCAGAGUUUGCUGGCAACCGAAGACAAGAACCUCAUCCCCAACGCCACCGAGGCAGACUGUCCUAUCUGCUUCUCUCGCUUAGAGGCGGAGGAGGGCGUUGUGCUCCGAGAGUGUCUACACACCUUCUGCAGGGAGUGUCUCAGAGCGACAGUCGUGAACAGCCUUGAGGCAGAGGUGUCCUGUCCUGAGACAUGCGACAGCAAGCUGCUGGACCGAGAGAUCAAAGCGCUGCUGACGGACGAGGAGCACCAGCGCUUCCUGGAGCUGCGUCUGAGCAUCGCGGAGAGCCGCUCGGAGCACAGCUUCCACUGUCAGACGGCCAACUGUCGCGGCUGGUGCAUCUACGAGGACGAGGUCAAUGAGUUCCACUGUGAACUCUGCCAGCAAGUCAACUGCAUUCUCUGCCGGGCCAUCCAUACGGGCAUGAAUUGCAAAGACUACCAGGACGACCUGCGCAUCCGGGCAGAAAACGACCAGGCGGCUCAGCAGACGAAGCAGAUGCUCGAGAGCCUGCUACAGAAUAAGGAGGCCAUGAAAUGUCCACGGUGUGACAUCGUCAUCCAGAAAAAAGACGGCUGUGAUUGGAUCUGCUGUUUGAUGUGCAAGACGGAAAUCUGCUGGGUCACCAAACAAGCCCGCUGGGGACCAAAUGGCAAUGGCGACACAUCUGGCGGCUGUAGGUGCCGAGUCGACAGAAAGCCGUGCCAUCCCAACUGCCAAAACUGCCACUGAGGGAGAAGCACACUAAUGAAAACGCAGAAGAACUUUCAGCUUAACGCUGGCUGUGAGAUACUGUACAGGAAUCGUCUGGUCAUUGAGGCACGACCUUCUUGGUUGUGCAGAAAAAAAUGAUGCAAUGUGAACGCUACAUACAAGCUACGUCUCCGCCGCUGAGAUUACUGGGAUCUUCUUAUACAGUAUAUAAAUACUUUUAUUUUUAAUGAAAGCCUAAUAUUCACGUUGACAUUACAAAGAGUUUAAUUGUGCCAGAAAUCAUUUGGCGAUGGGUUUGAUUUUAAACUUUGAUUGUAUAAAGCUCUGAAAGUGACAUUUAAAAAAAAUAUAUUUUAGAAAUACAAAGAAAAAAAAGUAUAAUCCUGUGUAUAGACAAUGCCCAUAAAUAAUGAAAUACGUUUUUUCCUUUUGAAGACAACAACCAAUGAACUACUACUCAUGAAGAAUUUAGGUAUUUUUUCCAACUCCUCAUUGAGUCUAUACCCGAGACGAGGGAGCGCUACGAUUGCUGAAUACUAGUAAUCGUCUCUGAUGUUUUCUUUUAGUAGUAGUGCACAUACGCUGUUUUUAUUGAAGUAACUCAAAUAUCAAUUUGUUAUCAGCACUGUAAGACUGUCGACCAAUCAGACUGUGGUGAAGGAUGUUUACAUUGAAUGAAUGUGUUCAUAACCGGGGAAAAAAAGGUAAUCUGACGCACUCGAUAGCUUUUAAUUAAUGACAUUUGUCAUAUACAUACAUGAUGUUUGGCCCAUCCAAAGUAGUGAGGAGCUGUAGGCUGGUGUAAAUCUCCCUGAGAGAUUAGCUUGGGGUUCAGUGUCUCACCCAAGGACACUUUUUGAAGUAUCACCUUUAAACAAGGCGCUGAGGAAAUAUAUUGAUGCUUCAUUCUUAUCAGGUAUUCACGAUUGAAACCGGAGUACUUGCUCGUUGUUUAUGUCUCGUAUCCAUUAAGUAUGUUUGGCUCCAUUUCCAUGUUUCUUCAAGGGACAGGCCUCAACUCAACUCUAAUAAACGGGAAUUACAAGUA